UCUCAUUUCUCUCCCCCAAUAACAGAGCCACCGUUUCGGAUCAACGUUUCGUAAGCAAGUCUGGUAAUAACGUUUCUUUUCGUCCUUAAAAAAAAAAACGCCGUUUUUUUUUUUAAUUUAAUGGGUCUUUUGGAGAAGCUUUGGGAUGACACUCUCGCCGGACCUCAACCGGAUUCCGGCCUUGGACGUCUUCGCAAAUUCAAUACUUUCAACUCCCGCUCUACCCCUUCCAAGGAGAUGGAGGGAGGGAGUAGUGUUGGAAGAUCGGAUAAUCCGGAAGAAGUGAAAGUUUCGAGGAAAAUAAUGAUAGUGAAGCCACCAGGGUAUACUCAAGGAGCAGGAUCAGCUCCGGCGAGUCCCGCCGGAUCUACGCCGCCGUCAUCGCCGUUUUCCGGAAACAGAUCAGGAGCGUUCAGGUUUCGGAGGAGAUCUACGUCAGACUCGAAUGAGAAGGCAACGAACGAGGACAGAACCUGCGGAAGCGCUCCUUCUUCUUAAGAUGUCUGAUAUCUAAGUUCAAAGUAACGAGGUUCGACUAAUCUCCCACCAGACCCUGCUUUGCUAACGGUGUCGUUGAGGCUUCACUAAUACCAGCCGCCUUGUGUCCAUGUAUCAUAUAAGUAUCACUUGUAAACUGUGACUAGCAGCUUGCUUGUGGUAUGUAAAUAUUUGGUGUAUGGACUUUUUGUUCUUAGAGUUUCUUCUAAGCUUUCAUGUGAAAUAUAUUAGUGUUUACUCUACUUGUAAAAUAUGCAAUGUCGUUAAGUAGUUUGUAGUAUGAGUCGUGAUUAUAUAUGGUGUUCAUGUAGUAACCACGACGUUUUCGAUCUGCUUUGCUUUGCAGUCUACCUCUGCUCUUCCUUUUGUAAUGUUUGCUCUUCUGAAUGAUAAAUGAUCAGCUGAGUUUCGUUUUUGUAA